AUGAAUCAUCAAAAGCGUGCCAAGGGCCACCAUUCCCGCGAGCGUCGUCCAACAGAUACCAGCAAUCCUCAGGCAUUGGGCUUGCCGCGUGCUACACCAAGUAGUUCGCUGGAUGCCUAUGGGAGAAAUGACGCUCUUCGAUCUAGUGUCAACUCGGCAAUGACCUCGCGCUCCAGUAUCGAACAAAACAGUGGAACGGAGCGUAGCAGUGUCUUGACGAAAAGCAGCUCCAUCACCGACCUUUCACCUGAUACUCCAGAUGGACCGGAGAAGGAUGGUGGUAUGAGUGUCGAAGAUGCCAUUUCCAUGUAUUUGGAUGGUUUCAGCGAUGUGACGGAAGAGCCGUCGUCGCCAGAUCUCCAUGCAGAAGACAAAUCGCGCCCGUCGAGCCCACGACCGUCAACAACAAUGACCAUGGACACUUACGAUGAACAAUCACCCGACAUAAACCCCGUGGAAGACCUCCCUCCUGUACCACCGCUUCCGGAACUGCAACCCAUGGGCCAGAACCCACCUUAUCAGGAGCUCCUCGAUGAUCAAUCGUCGAUUCACGAACCCCCUAAUGAACAUUCUCAUGAAACCUACCACCACGAGCCGACAUCCCCCGCCAAGGACCCAGGGAUUGCUAGACAAGAAUCUACAAUUGUCAUUCCUGGUGUCGUUCCGCCGCCGCUUCUGCCAGGAACUGACACGCGCGACCGCUAUGGAUUCCGAAAGGCCAGUAACCAUGUCCCGAUCGAGCGCUACGAUGCCUGGAGUCGCCCGUAUUCCUCCUUUGCGGCCAACCGGAAAGUAAAGUGGACGGAGCUGCUCAGGGAACACGGGUUGGAGACGAAGGAGCCAACACGGUUUCCACUGAAGUCCUCGCGUGUUAAGCGUUUCGUGCGUAAGGGUAUUCCGUCUGAAUAUCGAGGCGCGGCAUGGUUUUAUUACGCCGGAGGCUUUGAGCUUCUAAACCGGAAUCCGGGACUGUACGAUGAACUGGUCCAGAAGGCCAUGAUAUCGCCCUCCAACGAUGACAAGGAACACAUUGAGCGCGACCUCCAUCGAACAUUUCCCGACAACAUUCACUUUAAGCCUGAGCAGGGUGUCAGCUCUGGUAGCAGCAACCCGCAGGGCACGGUGGUCGAGACCCAAAUGAUCCAGUCUCUUCGGCGCGUCCUAUACGCAUAUGCGCUUCACAACCCGAAAGUCGGCUACACCCAGUCGCUCAACUUCAUCACAGGAAUGCUUUUGCUGUUUCUUCCCGAGGAAAAGGCGUUCUGGAUGCUACACAUCGUUACGUCUUUAUACCUUCCGGGAACACACGAGAUUAGUCUGGAGGGAGCGAAUAUCGACCUUUGGAUUCUCAUGGUUCUGCUCAAGGAAUCGAUGCCGAACAUCUACAGCAAAAUCGCGGCCACGGGUCCUGGCAGCAACAAGGCCCGCGUUCCGGCUCUCACAGUUCACUCGCGACUGCCUGAUAUCACACUUGGAUUGACGAAUUGGCUCAUGUCGAUUUUCAUCGGAACUUUGCCAUUGGAGACGACCUUGCGUGUUUGGGAUGUCUUCUUCUAUGAAGGCUCCAAGACGUUCUUCCGUGUGUCCUUGGCUAUCUUCAAGGCAUGCGAAAAGGACAUUCUCGCCGUCUCUGACCCAAUGGAGGUGUUCCAGGUUGUCCAGACUGUUCCCAAGAAACUACUGGACGCCAAUACACUGCUGGACGAUUGUUUUGUCCGACGCCAUCGCGUGGGACAAGGUCGAAUCGAUGAAUUGCGGGCACAGCGACGGGCGGCCGUCCGACAGGAUAAGAUCCGACGGUCUAUGGCGAUGACGCAGGGCCAACUUCAAGCGGCUACUGAUGAAUGGCCGACACAGCGAUCGCGCACUCCGAUCCCGGGACUUGUUGCAGAUUCAUGGCGACAUAUGAGGAGACAUCAUCACGCAGCGGCUAGUUAUUAUAAUCCUUCCCAAGGCUUUGAGGAGGCUCCUCCUCAGCAGCCUUACCAGCAGCCUUACCAGCAGCCCGUCUACAACCCACAGCAACAACAACAACAGCCGUACGCGCCCUAUCCGAACCAGGGCGUUCCUGAAUCCAAGCCCCCGGAGCAUCCUCCCACAUACAACCAAGCCGUAUAUGGCUUCGACGAAGCGUUUAAAAUCGAAAAGCCCAAGCUGAACGAUCUCUGGGCCGGUCUUUUGCUCAUCGCAGUCUUCCUCGGCUACGCCGCCAUAUCUGGUCUCACCAUCCACCGCUAUGCGAAAUACAAAGGCUUCAACGGUGGCGGCAUCUACGACGCCGGUAAUGAAGUCUCUCUCAACACGAACACACUGGUGCUAUUCAUAUUCGUCCUCUGCGUUGCGAUCGCAUUUUCUUGGGCAUAUUUUAUGGGCGCGCGGUUCUUUCCGAAAACCUUCAUUUGGGUAACUGGGAUUUUGAAUAUCGUUCUUGCGCUCGCGACGGGAAUUUACUAUAUCUGUCGCAAGCAGUAUGGUGGUGGCAUCGCGUUUCUGAUAUUCGGCGUGUUCGCGAUAAUUUGUUUUAUCAGUUGGAUACCGCGCAUCCCUUUUACGGCGUUCAUGUUGCAGACGAGCAUGGAUGUCACAAGGAAAUACGGGCAUGUGUUUGUUGUGAGCGCACUUGGUGGCAUCGUGGCCGUCGCCUUUGCAGCUUGGUUCUCCGUCACCCUGGUUGCUAUAUACGUCGCCUACGAACCAACAAGUAGCAGCAGCGGUCGCGCGGGCGCAGUCGAUGGUCUUUCAAGCACUAGCAGCGCAGGCAACCCCUCUUGCAGCAACGGCGGCUGCAGCCGCGGACGGGUUAUCGGAUUAGUCGUGUACGUAACCUUCGCGAUGUACUGGCUCAGCGAGUGGAUCAAGAACACCGUGCACACGACCAUCGCAGGCAUCUACGGCUCGUGGUACUAUUUCUGCGGCGAGGGCCCAGGCGGACAGGGAGGCAAGAAGAUGCCCAAGGGCUCGACGCGUGGUGCGUUCAAGCGCGCAACGACGUACUCCUUCGGCAGCAUUAGUCUGGGUAGUUUGUUCAUCGCGAUCAUCAACAUGCUCCGCCAGGCAUGUUCCAUCGCGCAGCGUCACGAAGCCGCAGAGGGAAACACCAUCGGUUGCGUAUUCGCCUGGAUCCUAGGAUCCUGCAUCAGCCUCCUCGACUGGCUCGUCACCCUCUUCAACCGCUACGCCUUCUGCCACAUCGCCCUCUGGGGCAAAGCCUACAUCCCCGCAGCAAAAGAUACAUGGGCGAUGAUGCGCGAUCGCGGCGUCGACGCCCUCGUCAACGACUGCCUCAUGGGCCCUGUUCUUACAAUGGGAAGCGUGGGUGUCUCGUAUAUCUGCGCGUUAUUGGCAUACUUGUACCUCCAGUUUACGAAUCCCGGGUAUAACGCGGACGGCAACUUUACGGCGGUGAUUAUGGCGUUUGCGUUUGUGAUUGGGUUGCAGGUUGCGCAGAUUUUCUUGACGCCGGUGGGGUCGGGGAUUGAGACGAUUUUUGCGGCUAUGGCGUGGGAUCCUGAGGUUAUGAUGAGGGAGCAUCCGGGGUUAUAUCAGGAGUUGAUUAAGGUUUAUCCUAGGGUGCAGCAGGCUGUUCAUGCUUAA